GAAGCCUUUCAAUGCUAAAUGUUCCUUCUGCAAUGUCAAACUUAAAUCUGUAUCAAUUACUGUUCGCCCUGCUGCUUUUGGGUAGCAGUUAUGUGCUGGCAUCGGAAAAAUGCAUUUAUUGUCGGGGUAUUAAUUGCCAGAGAAGUAGUUAUGUGGCGGAGGAACAAUGCUCGGAUCGAAUGGAUGCUUGCGUGAGUGUUUUUCACGAAGGAAUUAUUGAGGCUCAAGGAUGUCUGGACAGUCUAGAGGAUGAUUGGAGAGAAAAGUGUCAGGAUAAAAAUAAAGGACGUGGAGUUGACUGUGAGAUCUGUGUUUCCGAAAAGUGUAACACUGUGGCGUCCAAAAGAGCAAGCUGUCUUCAGUGUAAUAAUACAGAGGACGCACAGUGCAUGGAAACUCCAGAACUUUUGAAGGCUGUACAAUGUCCCAUUGCAAGAUCAGGCAGAAGUUUUUGCUAUGCCAGUUUGGAAGGAGAUAGUUUGGAAAGAGGAUGUUCUUUGAGCCUUACAGAUCAAGUCAAUUGCCUGGCCAAUCCGAACUGCCACUUGUGUGAUCCUUUGGAACAACCCCACUGCAAUGACCAAGCUGUUAAAGCAGAUGAUUCCUCAACCUCUGAAUCUCCAACAGAAUCAACAAGUUCAUCAACGGAGUCAACACCAAGCUCAACAAUAACAACUGAUUCAACAACAGAUUCAACAACACUUUCAACAACAAGUUCAACAACAAGUUCAUCAACUAGUUCUUCAAGCAGUUCAUCAACAAGCUCACCAGAAACCACAGAGUCUUCAACUACUGAAGAGAUUCCAACCACAACAAACAAACCCAAUUCGGCUUUCGGUCUGCACGUUUCAUUCUUCCUGAUUUUUGUCCAAUUGGCCCUUUGUAUUGCCAACUAACUUAAAUGACUUUCAUCUUUAAUUCCCACGACCUUUCCAAAACACAAUCUAUGUACGUCUAAAAUAAAACCAAUUUUUAUGAUAUUACCAUAAA